CACCAUCACAAAUAUCAAUCUCAUCAGCUCAGCAAAACAAAAAGAAAUCAAAAGAAUGUCAACUGAACAUCAAAACACAAAACCAAUCACUUCUCAACCAACUUCAUCUUCCUCAACUGCUUCAUCAUCAUCAUCCUCAUCACCAAAACCAAUCCAACCUCAAUCCCAUCCAUCAACUCAACCAACCCCAAAGAAGCUCAAAACUCAAUCAACCAACAAAUCAUCAUCAUCAGCAUCUUUAAUCAAAUUUGAUAAAUCAAAAUCUACUUUUUCAAUCAAUCAAAAACCAUUAGAAUUAUCAGAUGUUAGUCUCUCUAUCAAAAAAGAUUUGAUUUCCUUUACAGAAGAAUUACAGUCACGCGAUUCAGUCUUAAAGGAAUUUACUACACAUCAAUUGGAUUUGAUUUCAUCUCUAGUACACGAAUCAGACAAACCGUUGGUUCAGUUGUCUAAGUAUUUACAUUCUAAACUUUUACCACAAUCUAUACUUGAUGAAGAUGAUGAAACUAGUAAGAAAUUCGAUCCUUUACCAUUGUCUUUAUUAGAAUCAUCCAUUCCUCAAGUAGCUAAAUGGACGAAUUAUGGACUCGAAAACUCAUCUGAACUAAACUGGUUAUCUGAUGAAGUUUUACAAAAUCGAUUUGAGAUUUGGAGAUGGGAAUCGAAUGAUCGUCAAAAAGUUAUACCGUUUGAAUUAAGAGAAAAGUAUGAAAAACGAUGGGAAGAAAGACAAUUGAUCAAACCUCAAAUCCUCAAUUAUUUAUGUAACUUGAAUCAAACCGAACAAGAAUCGAUUUUAAAAAAACUUCAAUCGUAUCAUCAAAAACGAAAACCUAAACCGACGACCAAACCCAACCCAAGCCUACCACCCGAACAUCUAAAUGUGAAAGGAAUCCCAGAAAAAGCCGAAAUGGAUAAAGUCACGAGUGAGAAAGAGAUGGCAAGAAUCGUAAGAGAUCAAAAGAAACGAGAAAAAGAAGAAGCUAAAGUUGCUGAAGAACAAGCAAAGAAGAAGAUGGGAAACUUGAUGUCUGGAUGGAUAUCGAAAGCCAACCCAACCCAAUCAAACCCAGACCUUCAAUCGAGUGCUAGUACAAGUACAUUGAAAUUAGUUGAUAAGAAACAAGCCUCGACGAGUUUAUCAGCUACAGAUUCAAGAAACCGAUCGGUUCAAUCUUCUCUACCUAUUAUUGGUAAUAGUAGUAGUGGUAGUAGUAAGGGCAAAUUGAGUGAUUUUCAACGGGUUUUUAAACCUUUUAAUGCAAAGGCUAAUGUGGAUCUUGCACCACCGAAUCGGUUUCAAAGAGUUCAAGAGAAUCAUGAGAUCAUACCAAUCCCUCAUUUAACCUUACAACGUUGUUUAGAAGAUUUCAUUUCAUCCAUCUCAUCCGAACAUAAACCGAUUCCAAGUCAAAUCAAAGCUAAUAAACUGAUUCCGAUUCGAGAGAUUGUGAAUGGAUUAGCCGAGAAUGAGAUGUCAGGUAGUAUUGAAGGUACAAGAAAGUAUAGAAGGAUGUUGAAGAAUAGAUCGAUGGUGCCUUUGAAACAUUUAGUGUUUCAUGAAGAUGUUAGACCAGGUUAUAUUGGUACUUGGUCUAAAACUUCAAGAUUAGUAAAACCACGUAAACCGUUUGGAAGAGAUAGUUGUUUGUUAGAUUAUGAUUAUGAUAGUGAAGCAGAUUGGGUAGAAGAUGAUUUAGAAGGAGAAGAUUUAGAAGGGUCUGAUCUUGGUAAGAAUGGAGAAGAAUCAGAUUUAGAGAAUGGAGGAUUAGAUGAAUCAGAUGAAGAUGGAUGGUUAGUUGGAGAUGAUGAAGUUGAAUUGGAUUAUACCGAGUUGGAAAACCAAGUGAUGGAAGGAAUUGAAGAGAUUGGAAAGAGUAAGAGUAAGAGUACGGCCACGGCUACGGCGACUAAUGGGGCGGUGAAGAGAAGAAAGAUUGUGGGUCCUUUGGUGCCUGUGGUUAAAGGUCCUAUGUGGGAGAAAAGGUUAGGUGAAGUGGAUGUACCUAUGUUUGAACCUUUUAGAAUCCAAUUUAUUAAUGACGCUAGAAUCGGAUUAAACCCGUUUACUCAUCUCACCAAAUCCCAAACUAUCAAAAAACCAAACAUGAAUUCGAAACCAAUGAAUUCAAAUCUCUCAAGCAAACCAAUUAAAUCACCACUAGGAACGAGUGUGAAUGCGAACCCAAACCAAAUCCCAACACCAUUAUCAUCUACAACCACAACCACAACUAUUACCAAAGAAAUGAAUCCUAAACCUAUGAAAGUCUUUCCGAAUGAACAUUUAAUGAGAUUGAAAUCGAUUGUCAAUGGGAAUAGGAAAUCGAAACCUUUGUUGGUCGAAGAGAUUAGAUUGAGUUUCGUCCUGGAUUAUUCGAUUAAGUUGUCGAAAGUGUUGAUUGAGAAGAAGUUGAAUGAGAUUGCUUUUAAGGGGUCUGGGGUUUGGAAACUUAGAGAGGUUGGGAUUGAUGGCAAUAAUGGGAAUGGGAUUGAUGGGAAUAGGCAUGGGGGUGGCGAUCGGAUUGAUGGGAAUGGACAUGAAGAAGGUGUAGUGAGGAUGGUUGAGUAAGGAAACAUAAACAAUUGGAUUUUGGAGUUUGGAUUUGGAAAAACGGUUUUUUGUUUUGAUUUUUUGAUGUUUGAUUUAUUGACGUUUGAUUUAUUGAUUUACAAUAUGGAAACAAAAAAAAGUAAAUGAUGAAUGAAGUUUUGAAUGAUUGGUUUUGAAAAUUAAAAAUGAAUUUUUACGUUUUUUCAAACAAACAAAAAAAGAAAAUACUUGUAAAAACUUUUGGAUUUGGAUUUGGAUUUGGAUUUGUGAAAAAGUUUAAGAAUGAAUUUUUUGGAAUUGGAUUGAAGUUUGAUUACUUG